UGCACGGUGUAACCCGACCUCCCAAGCUGCUGUCUCUCCAUCAUCUCCAUACCUGCUGACAUCGCUCUCCUCCCUCUUCAACUCCCUCAUUCUCUCCUCCGCUCUUCCCUCACCCAGUCCCCAGUACAACUUGCUCAGCAGCAGCAUGGAGAGCCUGGGAAGCAGGGCCAGGCCCGCCAGCCCCUACAGCUCCGAGAACGCCUCUUCGGCCGUGCCCACCCCUUCGCCUUACUCUCAGCCCAACUCCACUUUCGAGGGCCUGUCUCCUGCCCCGGCCAUCCCUUCCAACACCGACUAUCCGGGACCGCACACCUUCCAAGUGUCCUUCCAGCAGUCCAGCACCGCCAAGUCAGCCACAUGGACAUACUCUCCCCUGCUGAAGAAGCUCUACUGUCAGAUUGCCAAGACGUGCCCCAUCCAGAUCAAGCUGUCCUCGUCUCCGCCCCACGGCAGCAUAUUAAGAGCGAUGCCCGUCUUCAAGAAGGCGGAGCACGUCACGGAGGUGGUGAAGCGAUGCCCCAACCACGAGCUCGGACGGGAUUUUAAUGACGGCCAAGUAGCCCCAGCCAGUCAUCUCAUCCGAGUGGAGGGGAACAACCUCAGCCAGUAUGUGGAUGAUCCAGUAACAGGCCGCCAGAGCGUCUUUAUCCCCUACGAGACGCCACAGGUGGGGACAGAGUUUACCACCAUCUUGUACAACUUCAUGUGCAACAGCAGCUGUGUCGGCGGCAUGAACAGGAGACCCAUCCUUAUCAUCAUUACUUUGGAAACAAGAGAUGGACAAGUGUUGGGUCGCAGGUCCUUUGAAGGGCGGAUAUGUGCGUGCCCUGGCCGAGAUCGUAAAGCAGAUGAGGACCACUUCAGGGAACAGCAAGCUCUGACUGAGAGUGCGGCAAAGAAUGGCACGGCCAACAAGCGCAAUUUCAAACAGAGCCCACCAAAUAUCUCGAGCCCAAAUGUAAACAGGAAGAGGCGGCAUGGAGACGAAGAGAUUUACUAUAUUCCUGUACGUGGUCGAGAAAACUUUGAACUGCUGAUGAGGAUUAAAGACAGUUUAGAGCUGGUGGAGCUGGUCCCACAGCAAUUUGUGGACUCCUACAGGCAACAAACUCAACAGCAGCUGCUACAAAGACCGAGCCACAUCGCGUCUCCCUCCACUUACUCUCCCCUGUCAAAUAUGAACAAGCUCCACUCCCAUGGAGGCCUCAGCAAAUCACCCACAGCCAACCACCUGGCAGGGCAGCAACCCCAGCAACAACACACAGCCUCCACCUCCUUAGCACAUAUGGGCCACAACAUGCUCAACAGCCAUCACAUGCAGUCGAACAGUGACAUGAACGGUGGCCACAGCAGUCAGACAUUAUUGUCUGCUUCACACUGCAGUCCACCCCCUCCGUAUAACCCUGACCCCAACCUUGUCAGUUUCCUAACCAGUCUGGGCUGCCAAAACUUCAUUGAAUACUUCACCUCUCAAGGUCUUCAAACGAUCUACCAUCUUCAGAUGCUUUCAGUGGAGGAAUUAGGUGCCCUUAAGAUACCAGAGCAGACUCGCUUAGCCAUCUGGAGAGGUCUCCAGGACAUGAAACAAUGCGCUUCCGUCCAGCUGCCGGCCUCCUCUCAUCACCACGACUACCACAGCCAGCAGCUUCUACGCUCUAGCAACAACAUGACCGCCUCCGCCAUGGCCGCCAUCGGGGCCGCCGGUGGGGAACUGCAACGUCAGCGCGUGAUGGAAGCCGUGCACUUUCGCGUCCGACACACUAUUACCAUACCCAACAGGUCGGGUGUCAUAGGGACAACAGGGAUGGCGGCAGCUACUGAUGAGUGGGCUGACUUUGGUUUCGACAUGCCUGAUUGCAAAGUGUCACGCAGCAAGCAGUCAAUAAAAGAGGAGUUCAUGGAAAGAGAUGUUCACUGAGGCUUAAGACAUACUUAAAUUGUUUUGUCAACAGACAUUUUAAAAAUACUAAGUACUAGUCGGUCUGCUGGAUCUUUGAAUAUACGAGUGUUGCCAUUCUUUAGUCAGUGAUUUAAAAGAAAGGCUAUAAGUGGGACACCACCAUAAUUCCAAUGCCUCUUCUUUAUUCAAUCAAGACUCAAAAGGACAUUUUCAGAUACCACCAUUGUCAAGGCAAUACUUAAUAGAAAUUGCACAUUAUUUCCCUUUUGUGCUUGGAUACGAACAGUUAGUUUUCAGUUCAGACUUAUUUAUUAUCAUUCCAUGUGCCCUUGACCUUGCAAAAAAUGUACAUAAUGUAUUUUGGAUGUGGUUAAAAAAAAAUUGUGAUUCAUGUUGAAAUUGGAUUAGUAGUAAUUGAAUGGAGUGUGCUCAAAUCAAAUGGCAACAGGAUAGCUUAGGAAAAUAUAUGUAAUGGCUAUGGUGAUGUGUUAAAAUAUUACAUUGGCAUUGUUAUUGGUGUGUAUUUUUAAGGAUCAGAAUCUUCAUGCAAUAGCAGAAGUGGCAUCCAUUUUUUGUUCCAUCUGGAAUCCGGUAAAUGUUGUGAACAGGUUGAGGACAUGUUAAAACAGUAUUAUAUCUGAAUAGCAGUUAUGUAAUCACAGUUGCUAGUUAUUUGUGACCACCAUGAAUCUAAACAAAACAGUAGCAUGUUCAACCUUGCAGGGCAAGGUUUUCCUAUGUUGGUUCUUGACGAGCAGGUACUAAGUAUCCUUAUGGCACUUGUUUGUGAAUAUUUAACUGAACAUUCCAUAUUUUUGUUGUUGAUUGUAGUUAUGGUGCACUUCUACUGGAAGUGUCAAUUCCAAUAUUGUUUCAUUGCAGAAGCAGAAUUGUAUCUAUUUGUAUUGUUGUUUUAAAGUCAUAUAUGGAAACAUGCAUUUUUGCUCACCAACUGGUCAAGGAGGAGCACUUUAAUGCUGUAAAAAUGUUUUAAAAAGUGGGGUUAAAUGUGCGUAUGAUCAGUAUUAUACAUUAUAACGUGUUUUGAUAUUCUUGUUUCUAUAUGUAUUGCUGUUUGUAAUUGCUCAGUCGUUUCUAACAUUACGUGGAGUGUUUUUUUUUUCUUGUACAC